AAAGCUUUCAAAAAAGUAGUAGUAGUAAAAAGGGACAGAUGAUUGGUAAAUAAUAAAUUAAAUUGUUUUUAGUAAAAAAAAAAAUAGGCACAGACACUCACACACUGCUUUCACGACCCAUGUGAGUUUCUUUCUUCUCCAUCUUCACUUUUUUUAAGUAGAGGACAAGACAGACAGCUACCUCUUUUCUGUUCUUUUUUGACGAAGAAAAAAAAAUGAAUUAAAAAGGGACAUUUAAGAGAGAUGGUGAGAGAGAGCAAUAGAGAGAGAGAGAAGGAGCUCCACCCACAAAUAGAAAAGUUAGGGUUUACUGGAAAGAAAGAAAGAAAGAAAGAAAGAGUGUGAUGAUUCUAAUAGAGGUGUAGUACGUCGCUUUGCUUUCAGUCCAUUAAAACCAUUCCAUAACCUAUUCCGCACCGACAUGUCUCCUCUCCCCUUCCUUUAUUAGCCUCUCUUGAUUCAUUCUUUUUUAUAAACAAAUUAAAAAGAAAGAGAGAGAGAUCUUCCUCGGGAUUGCAACAUGCUGGACUACGAAUGGGAUAAUCCUUCCUCCCUUGUUCUCUCCGGAGAUGAAAGAAACCCGGACUCUGACCCGACGACCCGAUCCUCCCUCUCCUUUUUCGACCCCAUCUCUCAUUACAACAACGACCACCGCCACAUCACCAUUUCUCCUCCCCUCCUCUCUUCCUUCUCUAAUAACCAGCAGCAACAUCACCUCACCCUCUACGGUCAGAGCAGCAGCAACAACAACCUGAUGUUUCAUCAUCAUCACCUGUACGACCCACGCACCACCACUCCUUACGGCGCCUCCGAUCCCAUGUACCAUCCCCACUCUUCCGCUCCAGCCUCCUUGUUCUCCUACGACCAGACCUCGGGAUCCGGAUCUUCCUACAACUUCCUCAUCCCCAAGACAGAAGUGGAUUUCACGUCCAACAGGAUCGGGCUGAAUCUGGGAGGCCGUACGUACUUCUCAGCCGCGGACGACGACUUCGUGAGCAGGCUGUACAGGAGGUCCAGACCAGGUGAGUCAGGGAUGGGGAACUCGCUGAGCACGCCGCGGUGCCAAGCCGAGGGAUGCAACGCGGAUCUGAGCCACGCGAAACACUACCACCGCCGGCACAAAGUGUGCGAGUUCCACUCAAAAGCAUCGACGGUUGUAGCCGCCGGACUAAGCCAGAGGUUUUGCCAGCAGUGCAGCAGGUUCCAUUUGCUGUCGGAAUUCGACAACGGAAAACGGAGCUGCCGUAAGCGACUUGCUGACCAUAACCGCCGCCGCCGUAAAUGUCACCAAUCUGCCUCCGCCACCCAAGACGCCGCCAAGCCAACUCCAAAGUCACCGAAGGAUUCUGGUGUAAAAGCGUCUCCGUCGCCGUCCAACGCGCCGACUACGAUAUCACUGGAGUGCUUCCGGCAAAGGCAGUUCCAAACGACAGCGUCGUCUUCCACGUCAGCGUCUUCCUCCUCAAAUUCAAUGUUUUUCUCAACCGGAUAGCUAGCUAGCAAUUUACUUCUAUAUAUGCUUAAUUGAUAAAAAUUUAAGGACUCUUCUUCGGUAGCUGCUAUCAUCUGAAUUAGUCGAUUAUAUAUGUGUUAUGUUUAAUUUCAUGUCACUGAUCUCGUUUGUCGUUUUAAUAUUGUUUUUCAUGACUUAAUGAGUAGAGCUUUAAUUAUC